AUGAAUCUGAAAACUGUCCUCCUCUGGCUGCUUUUGGUCUUGGUUGCUGUUUUGGCCUUAGUUUGCAUCUUAUUGCUUCCAAGUAACAAACACACGAGGUGUGAUGACCAGAUGCAAGGCUCCCUGGAGCAUCCACACAGUGACCAGAGUUGGAUUUUUGCCGAUCUGACACAAGAGGAGAUGAACCAGGUGAUGCUGUACUUGAAGUCCAACCUCGGGGUACGUUUGGAAGAUGCUUCUCAUGCCAGCCCUUCUGAUAACUGCAUUUAUUCCAUUGACUUGCAGCUGCCACCCAAAGCGGAGUCUCUCUUGUUCUUGGAUCAUGGUGGAAGCCGUCCCCUUCGGCAGGCACUGGUUGUGGUAUAUUUUGGAAACCAGCCAGAUCCAAAUGUCACAGAGUAUGUGGUGAGCCCACUCCCAGAGCCCACGUAUCACCAGGAUGUGACUCGUCAGAAGUAUGGAGGGCACAUCCCCUAUUAUCGCAGGCCCCUGCUAGAUGCUGAAUACAAGCAGAUGACCAUUGUUCUGCACAAUGUGGUGUUCCCCACAGCCCCGAACUUCAUGCAGGAAGUUUUGAACUAUGAUGGGAACAAUCUAGCAGCAAUGAUCACAACCCCUCAUGGACUGAAAUCCGGGGACCGUGCCACUUGGCUGGUCCUCUUCCAGAAUGUAACUGGCUACUUUUUACAUCCGGUAGGGCUGGAGGUGCUAUUAGAUCACAGCAGCCUGUAUAUCUAUGAAUGGACAGUGAAGGAAGUGUUCUAUAAUGGCCACUACUACAGGGACAUGGCACAGCUGGAGAGAGAGUUCAUGAAGGGGCACGCUCCUGUGGAAAUGAUCAAGAGGGUCCCGGUUGAUGGGGUUUUUUCCUCUCUGAAGCCCAGAGUGCAGCCAGCAGGAUCAGGUCCUUUUUAUUAUGAGCCUUCUGGGCCACGUUACAGUGUGCGAAAUAACCAAGUUGUCUCUUCGGCAUGGAGCUUUGCCUACAGGAUGGACAUCAGCAGGGGGCUGCGUCUGUUUGAUAUCCGAUUCCGGGGCCACAGGAUUGUGUACGAGCUCAGCGUGCAGGAUGCCAUGUCGAUCUACGGCUCCAAUAGCCCUGGUGGGAUGUCAACUCGGUACAUGGAUGGGAGCUUUGGGAUUGGAAGGCUCACACACUCCCUUGUCCAAGGCAUCGACUGCCCUUAUUCUGCUACUUACCUUGAUGUCUACUCUCUAGCUCAAGCACAAAAGCCCACUGUUACCCGAGAUGCCCUCUGUGUUUUUGAGCAGGCCAUGGGGACACCACUUCGACGUCAUUACUCCAGGCGCCAGCUGCUCUACUAUGGGGGUCUACCUGCCACUGCAUUGAUUUUGCGCUCUGUGGCUACCAUGGGCAACUACGACUACAUCUGGGAUUUUGUGUUCCAUCCAAAUGGUGCCAUUGAAAGCAAAGUCCAAGCCACAGGUUAUAUAAGCUCAUCUUUCCUCUAUGGUGAUGGGCUGGACUACGGCAACAGGGUUGGGGACCGCACCCUGGGAACUAUCCACACCCAUUCUAUUGGCUACAAGGUAGACUUGGAUGUUGGUGAUGUACAGGGCCCGGAGGAGGUGAAUGAUGCGCGGUACCAAGACGCCAAGAGAAUCCAUAUGGAUACAGCCAAGGUUGAAGCCAUGCUGUCGUGGCAAGCUCCGCAGAACCGUAAAGAUGUCCAGCGGUUCCUGGGGUUCACCAAUCAUUACCGACAGUUCAUUCCAGGGUUACUGUCCCCCUGA